GCAGCCGACUGGAACCCUUCUCAGGUUGAAGAAAGCCGUCCGAGGAUUUCGUAAUUCUUCAAAAUCUUCACAUACUACGGCCAGGAUCUAGCCGUUUGUUCUAUCUAUAACCCACAUCUUGAAAUCAAGUUUUCUUGGUUCUCUCAUGGAAUCUCUUUCAAGCUCGAUUUUCAUAUCCGGGUUUUCGGAGGCGGCGCAUCCACACCUGCAACCCAUUUACUCCUCUUCUGUCAAAACCCUGUAUAAGUUUAAUAAAUCUCGUCUGAAGAUCGGUGAAUGUUCUCUUGCUACAACGUAUAGGCCUUGUGUCUCUCGUGUUGUUACAGCCCUUGCUCGUGGGAUAUCGGAUGAAGGAAACGAAGAAGAAGAUAGUCGGCUUGUUAAUAUUAAUGGUGUAAGUUUAGUUUCUGAAGGCGAUAAUGAUGCUGAUUCUUUUCCUGAGGGUAAUCAAGAACACAAUCUUGUAAAGGAAAGACAGUCAGAAACAUUGUUGAUGGCUACACCUGGAAGUAGUAGUACAAGAGCUGGGCUUUUCAGAACUCCAAUAUCUGGUGGAGUUCAGAGUGCUACUUCAGCUCAUGAUUUACAUAGACCAGCUUUAGCAGUUCGGAAUUUAAUGGAACAGGCUAGAUUUGGGGAUUUAUGCACAGUGAUGUCUAAGAUGCACCACAGGCGAGUAGGAUAUCCAUUUGGUUCUUUGGUUGAUUUUGCACCGGAUUCAAUGGGUCAUCCAAUAUUCUCGUUUUCUCCUUUGGCUAUCCACACUCGAAAUUUGUUAGCUGACCAGAGAUGCACACUUGUGGUGCAGGUACCUGGAUGGAGUGGUUUAUCAAAUGCAAGGGUAACAAUCUUUGGUGACAUCGUCCCUCUACCAGCAGAUCAACAGGAAUGGGCUCAUAAGCUAUACAUAACCAAACAUCAACGACUCCCUUCUCAGCAGUGGGGAAACUUUUACUACUUUAGGAUGCAGAAUAUAAGCGAUAUUUAUUUCAUUGGAGGAUUUGGGACAGUGGCAUGGGUUGAUGUCAAUGAAUAUGAAAAUCUUCAACCUGAUAAAAUUGCAGUAAAUGGUGAUGAACAAAAUCUGAAGGAACUAAAUACGAUAUUCUCAAAGCCACUAAAAGAGCUUCUCUCUAUGGAGACUGAGGUGGAUGAUGCUGCUUUUAUUUCGAUAGAUAGUAAAGGAACAGACAUAAGAGUUCGCGAAGGAGCACAGUUCAACAUACAGAGAUUAUCGUUUGAAGAAGAAAAUCCAGUAGAGACAUUGGAAGAAGCUAAGGCUGCCCUUUGGAAGCUAAUAAAUCGCGGUCGAAUCUUUAGCCUGCAAAAAUAGAUUCUUCGUUCUUCUUCAUUAAUAAUAUUAAUAUUUAAGCAAUAAAUUAUCAUUUUUUAAAUCAAAUAAUAGCUGCUACUGCCGUUUCCUUUUGUGAACUAUUUUUUUUUCUUCUACUUUUUGAACUUAGAGAAGUUGUUUCAAUUUGAUAAGCCAAUUAGACAUGUUUGUGUGUGACAUUCAAAAUUGAAGGUGUUUAUUUUAUUUUAUUUUAUUACA